CUUUGUUUUGGUCCAUCUGCUUUGUCUUGCAUCACGACACAGUCAAGACCAGCCACCCGCAGUCGUCUCCAGGCAGCUGGCCUCAAGGAAAUGAAUUCAGCAAACACAAACUCCCGGUCGGGCCUGAUGCAGCCGGGUACGAUCGCGGGCAAGUCUUCCGGCCUGCCGCAACCAAGUCGUUCGAAGAGCGUCACCCAAGCCCCCGAAACCCGGAAGACCGGAACAUCAACAACGUCGCGAUCAGCCACUGGUACAACCCGAGUUCAUACUCGUGCCAACUCAACGUCGACCAGAUCUGCCUCGACCGCGUCACGAAGUGGUCACUUUUCUUCCACCGUCGGAUACGGCGCACGACCUCCCGCAGCCGGUACUGUCCCUCGCUCCCAAUCUUCGCUCGGUACUCGGAAGCCCGCUGGUCAAUCGAUCACCCGUCCCGCGACCUCGUUAGAUACCCAUGAUGAAGAGCCCGCUGGAAGUGUCUUGGGGAAAAGAAAGGGCGCAGAAUGGGACCAGGAUACCCGAGAGAAGACCAUGGAAGAAUUUUUCAAUGCCUUUGUCUCCAGGGUGAGCCAGGCUGGACAGGAGAGUUUCGGCUUGAAAGAAACCGUUGAACUGUAUAAAACAAGGGUUAGCGAGUUGGAGGCUUCGCGAAAAGAAGGGACCGAAGCCAACCUCUUGUUGCGCGUGGAGCUGGAAACAAUGAAAAGUCAAUUAUCCAAGGCUGAUGAUGCACUCAAAGAUGCCCAAAGGGACCAUGAGAUUGCAAUGGAUGAUAUUGAUCAAAAGCAGCGUGUGGAGACGGAGACAAUGAGACAGGAGAACAAGAAACAACUGGAAGCACUGAAAGCACAACACCAGGACGAGGUCCGUGAAAUAACGCGGCGAUUCGAGCGCGAAUUGGAUGACGAGAAGGCCAUGCGACACCGUGAAGUUAACCAGAUGACCUCUCAGACUGCUUUGGACACCCAACGAACUCGGAUCGAAUUGGAAACAAAAGAUCGUGAAAUCGCUACACUCCAAGGCGAUCUGCAAACUUUGCGAAACGAAAUGGAGCGGGAACGGAAGAGCAACCUGGAUCUCCGACAGAAUCUAGACACAGCUAGUACGAACAGCGUCACGCUGGAGUCGUCGAUCCGUGCACUGAAGGCCCGAAUCGAGUUCCUCGAGUCCGGAAGGGAAGAACAAUCUCAGGCAUUUGAACAAAUCAACCAGCGAAUGAUGGAUGCUGCCGCAGAGACUGAGGAAACCAAGGAAAAAUUGAGAAAGGAAGAAACCCUCCGCAGGAAGCUCCACAACCAAGUCCAGGAGCUGAAGGGAAACAUCCGCGUGUUCUGCAGAGUCCGUCCACCCUUGAAAGAAGAGUCUGUCACGAGUGUGGCUCAGAUUCAGUACCCAGACGAGUCUGAGGAUUCCAAGGAGAUCAGCAUCAUCGGACCCGAAGAAAAAAGCAGCCUUGGAGCCGUCUCGAGGAAAAACAGUAAUUUCUCUUACGACCGAGUAUUUGGACCGUCCACUCAGAAUGCCGAGGUUUUUGAGGAAAUCAGCCAACUUGUCCAAAGCGCACUCGAUGGUUACAAUGUUUGUAUCUUCUGUUAUGGCCAAACUGGCAGUGGAAAGACUCAUACCAUGUCUUCUCUGGAUGGCAUGAUCCCUCGCGCCGUUCAUCAGAUCUAUGCAACCGCCCAGCAGCUCGAGGAGAAGGGUUGGACAUAUACGAUGGAGGGUAAUUUCGUUGAAGUUUACAAUGAAAACCUGAACGACUUGUUGGGUAACGCGGACGAAUUGGACAAGAAGAAGCAUGAGAUUAGGCACGAUAUGCAGCGAUGCAAGACAAUAAUCACUGACAUCACAACCGUGCGCUUGGAAUCACCUGAAAUGGUCGAGUCUCUCCUGAAGCGGGCGGCAGCAAAUCGGUCGGUGGCAGCCACCAAGGCCAACGAGCGUUCCUCGCGAUCCCACUCCGUCUUCAUCCUCAAACUCAUCGGCCAAAACAGCGUGACCGGAGAACGCAGUGAAGGAACCCUCAACCUGGUUGAUCUUGCUGGCAGUGAACGCUUAAGCCAUAGCGGAGCCACCGGAGAGAGGCUGAAGGAGACGCAGAACAUCAAUCGCAGUUUGAGUUGUUUGGGCGACGUGAUUUCGGCUCUUGGACAAGGCAGGGAAGGGGCCCAUAUUCCCUACCGAAACAGCAAGCUCACCUACCUUCUUCAAUUCUCUCUGGGAGGAAAUUCGAAGACUCUUAUGUUCGUGAUGGUCAGCCCCCUCCAGGCGCAUCUGGCAGAGACCUUGACCAGUCUCAAGUUCGCCACCAAGGUGCACAACACUCAUAUUGGAACGGCCAAGCGACAGGCGCGUGUUCGUGAUUCUUGAAUGAUACCUCUUUGGAUUUUUGAUUUGCGUUAUUUGCCGGUGGUCUUUGUUUACGAUUCAGCCCUGUUUUUCCAGCUGGUGUUUUGGUG